AGAGAAACACAACACUGACAAGAUGUUAGACUUUUUUUCAAUUUUUAGCAAAGGUGGAAUCGUUCUGUGGUGUUUCCAGGGAACAUCCCAGCUCUUUACACCUUCAGUUAACGCUCUGAUUAAAAGCGUAAUUUUACAGGAACGUGGCGGCAGUAACUCGUACACCCACGACCAGCUGACGCUGAAGUACAAACUGGACAAUGAGUUUGAACUGGUCUUUGUGGUAGCAUAUCAGAAGAUUUUACAACUAUCGUACAUAGACAAGUUCCUUAGCGAUAUACAGCUGGAGUUUAGAAACAAGUAUAAGGAUGAUUUACAGCAGGGCAACGUGUCGCGGAAUUAUAACUUCCUCGAUACUUUUAACUCGAUGUUACGGGAAGCGGAGAUGAGGAGCAAGAUGGAGGCACAGAAACCAAGACCCAUGAUGACAUUUGAAGAAUCGAAAAAAUCUAAGAAAACCGUUGCCUCCAUGAUUACCAACAAGAAAGAUGAGAAGAAACCUUCAAAAACUAAGAACGUGUCAUCAAAGGGAAAAGAGAACAAAAGUCCCAAAGAAACUGUUCCGGAGUCCGUCUCUCCGGCCAAGGAGAACACAAAGCCUGUGACUAACGGAGAACUCGACGAUGAGACCAUCAUGAAAAACAGAGAGAAGUUCUUUAACCGCGGAAAGAAGACACCCGCCACCAAAUCACCAGGGAAAAGUCCCGAAACCGACAAGAAGAAAGGAAAAGCAAAGAGAGUUUGGGGUAACGCGGGUAACAACAAAGAUGCAGUUGAACUUGACUUCAGUGGUGGGGGCGAUGCCGACCAAGUAACCAAAGAGGGGACGCCCACACAGGCCGAGCUGACUCAGGUUGGCCAGAUGAGUGGGCAGCUGCGAGACAUUGAACCAGAGAGCAGCAGUGAGGAGAAUGAUGAGGAGGAAGAGGACGAAGAAGAAGAGGAGGAGGUGGUAGAGGCAGCAGCUGCCCCGAAAAACUCCACGAAGGGCAGCAGUUUUGGAGUGUUCAGCAUGUUUAAGAAUCUGGUGGGAUCGAAGACGCUCACUAAGGAAGACCUGGAGUCCACUCUGGACAAGAUGAAAGACCAUCUUGUUGGAAAGAACGUAGCGAGCAACAUAGCAGAGAACUUGUGCCAGUCAGUAGGAGCCAAACUUGAAGGGAAAGUUCUUGGAACAUUUGGAAGUAUCACUUCCACUGUUAAAAACACUCUACAGGAAUCGUGUGUACAGCUUCUGUCGCCACGCCGACGAGUUGAUAUUCUGCGAGACGCUAUGGAAGCCAAACAGCAAAAUCGACCAUACACUGUUACCUUUUGUGGGGUAAACGGAGUUGGCAAGUCUACUAACCUUGCUAAGGUGUGUUUCUGGCUGGUUGAGAAUGGGUUCAGCGUGCUGAUCGCGGCGUGUGACACGUUCCGGGCCGGCGCCGUGGAGCAGCUCCGUACACACACACGCAAACUGAACGCCCUGCAUCCUCCAGAUAAACACGACGGGAUGCACAUGGUGCAGCUCUACGAGAAGGGCUACGGGAAGGACGCGGCAGGCAUCGCCAUGGAAGCCGUUAACUAUGCACGAGACCGACACAUUAAUGUGGUUCUCAUAGACACCGCUGGUCGGAUGCAGGACAACGAACCACUGAUGAGGGCCCUCGCAAAGCUGAUCAACGUGAACCAGCCUGACCUGGUUCUGUUUGUGGGGGAGGCACUGGUUGGGAACGAAGCUGUCGACCAGCUGACCAAGUUCAACCAGGCACUGGCUGACCACUCCAACCUGACCAACCCACGGCUCAUCGAUGGAAUCAUCCUCACCAAGUUCGACACCAUCGACGACAAGGUGGGAGCGGCUGUAUCGAUGACCUACACAACCGGACAGCCCAUCGUGUUUGUCGGAACUGGACAGACUUACACUGAUCUUCGUAAUCUGAACGCCAAAGCUGUGGUGCAUGCACUGUUAAAAUAAGCAGUCACUGCGAUAUUUGACUACUGUCACCAAACGGGUGAUGAAUUAUAUAAAGUAUUUUUGAGUAUAUAUUUCUGUGAACGAUCUGACACUGGGUUUGUUGUGAAUAGCAGAUUAAUGAAGCUGCUAAAUGUUUUAAAUUUAAGAUUUAAAUUUAAAAAAAACUAAUUUGAAAUGAUAUAUUGUGUAUGGUAAAACACUUAUAGGCAUGGCGGAGCAGGGGGGCUUGGGGGGUUCUUACCCUCCCUCCAAAUAAUUGUAAAUCAAAAAUAUUAUUGGUAGUAAAUUUUACGACAGAGAUUAAUUUUACUUGUAGAACGCAGGAAAUUGCAUUAUAGGUCAUCUAAUUUUCAAAUUUUAUGGGGAAGCAUACCCCCGAACCCUCUAGAAACUUUUGCUUUGCGCCCUCGAUAUCAGUCAGUUAGUAAUUUGGCUAAAUAGAUGACAUCAUCAGUAGCAAAAGUCAAGCUGUAGAGCUACAAAUGCAGGUCUUCGGAUUUGAUGGAAACGAUUGUUUCCAGUACCGGUCAGUAAAAUCACAGAACCAAAAUUUAGUUUCCCAUGAUUAUUAUAUAUAUACUCUGCUUGUUAAAUUGUAAAUAUCUUUCUGGACCAGAUGGUUUUAAAGGGUUUUAUUUUUGUUGAGUAAUCUCCCUUCACACAGUUUUUAUUGAAUAAUUUCCCUUAGUUAAUUAGAGCAAUGGGAUAUGGUUUGGGAGGAGGUAGGGGUCACACAUCUGAUGUUAUUGUCUGAAAAACUUCACUUGGUUAGUGAUUUUGUUUUUCAAUUUUUUUGCCUCGAUAUUUAUUGUUCUCUCUUCCUUUUUUGUUCCUUUUUUCCCCUUUCUUUUUGUUUUUUUGUUUUGUUUUGGUGAGUGUUUAAACGUCUUUCACAGAUAAAUCAGCUCUGGAUUCCAUGCCAUAGAUGUUCUGUUAUUUUGGAAGUGUGAAGCACCAGAUACGUUAUUUUGUUAUUGUGGAAGUAAUAUUUCUUUGUUUAGUUACAGCACUAAGUGCAGUUUUCAUGUCUUAAUGCUAAAACAGUUUUCAGAAUUGAAUACUUUGAACUUAAACUCUUUAUCGCUCAUGAUGUCAAACCACCUCUAUGUUUGUUGUGUUUUAAUAAAAAGCCAUUUCCCCAGCAACUUUUUCUACAAAACGUAAACGUUAGACAUUUUGAAACAAAAUGAAUAAAUAUUUGACUGGCAAACCAGCUUCCAAGAUUGCAUACUAAGAUAUACAGCUAGUUUUUUUUAAUGUUUUGAUUUGUUUGUUUUUGUUUUGUUUUUUAAAUUAUCAUUCUUUGUUACUGCAAUAAAGGUAUAAUUUAUUUAACUUGGUCUUGAUAGCAAACUCGGAUAAUAGGACUGCAUACAGACAACAUGAUUCUUUGGAAAUGUACUAAGAGAUGAAAUUGAAGUUUACAACAACAAAGGGUGGGUGAAAAAAAUGGAAAUGAACAAAUGUUAGUCCAUGGUUAUUUUCCUUGUUUCGUUUUUAUUUAAUUUCAGUGUAAACAUUUUUUGACAGAAAAGAUAAACUAAAGCUUAAUGGAAUUACCAUGUUAUAAAAACCACAACAUAAAACACCAGAUGCUGGUUUUGUGUGUGUGAUCUCCUUGGUAACGAGCUACAUCUUUUAUUCAUCAUAAAACAUAGUUUCUGAAGAUUUUAUUAUGAUUGAUAUUAUGUAUGGUAUGUGUUGAGAUUAUCAGCACUAAAAUAGCAUCCAUUCUGUAUGUCAUGACAUUGUGAAAGCAAAUCAAAAUUUGUGUUUACAGGGAAGUCUGUUUUUGUGCAUUUUUUACGUUUUUGUAGUCAUUAGAGAAUCGUAAUCAUCUGAAGUUUUGUGCCUUUUUUACGUUUUUGUAGUCAUUAGAGAAUCGUAAUCAUCUGAAGUAUUAAGUUUAGAUUAAAGACUACCGUACUGCUUCACAUGCUAUUUCCGCUCUGUAUAUGCUUUUUUGGCAUCCUGCAUGUUACAGACUACAAUUUUCACACCUUUAGGAGAUAACCAUAUGGAGUUUUUAGAUUUGCGGGUGUUAUUGUCUAUUUGAUCCCGCAAAUGUCAUUUUUGACCGAAGGCGUUAGCCCGAGGUCAAAAAUGAAACAUUUGCG